AUGGAGGACGGUUUGGCCGGGCCCCGGCUCGGGGCGGCGGCCGAGGCGCGAGCGCAGCCCGGGGUGACGCUGCGGCCCUUCGCGCCGUUCUCGAGGGCUGCCGAAGCAGAGGAGGGCGGCGGCGACUGGAGCUUCAUCGACUGCGAGAUGGAGGAGGUGGACCUGCAGGACCUGCCCAGCGCCACCAUCGCCUGCCACCUGGACCCGCGCGUGUUCGUGGACGGCCUGUGCCGGGCCAAAUUUGAAUCCCUCUUUAGGACAUAUGACAAAGAUAUCACCUUUCAGUAUUUUAAGAGCUUCAAACGAGUCAGAAUAAACUUCAGCAACCCAUUAUCUGCAGCAGAUGCCAGACUCCAGCUACAUAAGACGGAAUUUCUUGGAAAGGAAAUGAAAUUAUAUUUUGCUCAGACUUUACACAUAGGAAGUUCACACCUGGCUCCACCAAACCCAGACAAGCAGUUUCUGAUCUCUCCUCCUGCCUCGCCGCCGGUCGGUUGGAAACAAGUGGAAGACGCUACUCCCGUCAUAAAUUACGACCUUUUAUAUGCUAUCUCCAAGCUGGGGCCAGGUAAGCAGUGCCCUCGGAUCUCAGGGCCUUACCCGCAGGCCUGUGGAAGUGGCGGCCAGGGUCCGGGGACCCUCUUCUACCACCAAAAAGACAAGCCGCUCGGCCUGUCGUGA